CAGCGUGUGUGAUUCAGAGCGGCUGGUAAACAGAGCAGCUCCUUCAUUUCCCAAAAUAACUUCAAUGGCUUUCUUUGGCAUCACAAAUCUGGGCUAUCAGAGCCCCUUCGGGGACAGGAUGAUACCUUCGUCACUGAGAAAGUCAGACGCACAAGACUCCAGAUGGGAUAAACGUCCAGAGCUCCCCCCAAUCAGUUCCCCAAGAAGACUGACGUGUACUGACACAUGCAGCAUCUACAACCAGCCAACUUCCUUCACUGCAAACAUACAUCAGGGCAGUCAGAAGAAAUACAAGGAGAUGAUCAGACGGGUACAGACACCCAGAUCUCCUAACCAGCUGUACUGUGUGCCUUUAACGGACAAUCAGCAGUACGGGUGGUGGCUGCCCAUCGGUGAACCUAAGAUUAAUCAUUCUUGGACUAAAGUCCGUCGCUUUCCCCGCAAGAACAGCGAAAUGACUAAAUUUGUGAAGGAGAUGUCCAUGACUGAUCGGGAGUUCAGCUUAUUUUGAGCUUCUUUGCCAAAACUGUCAGAAUGGAUCUUUUUUUCUCUUUGACAGUGUUGCUCCUAGCUCUGCUAAUAAAGUGACUUGUUCUUAA